AUAAAGCAAAACACACACACACACGCACGCACAGACGCACGCACGCGCACGCACGGAUAGGUAUUUAAGGACAGCUAAACUCGAUUACGCGCGUGUCCUACAGACUGAAACACACUGGAGUGUGGACACUUUAAGAGAACAUGGACAUUUUAAGAGGACAUUUACUUUUGCUAACGUUGCUAGCAGUGACAGCAUAUGAAGAUUCUGAAAUGAUUUCUCAAAGAGAAGUUGUGCCUACUGAGCUCUUGGACAUGUUGAAACAGGGAUUACUGGUCCCUGACUCUACAGUGAGAAAGAAAGGUCCUAGUAUAAGUCCCAAAUCUAUGGGUCCAUCCAUUCCUUUCCCUCUUGCACAACCAACCACAGACAACAUCCUUGCCAUCUGUCACUACAGUAAUAUUCGUCCUCGGUAUACUGAAGACAUGCUACCAGGAGGCUUUGGUUACCUGCACCGCCAGGCCAGUGCGAUUAAUCAGUUGGAGUCCUGGUUUACUGUGUGCUGCAGCAAUGGCACUCAAGAUGAAGAAAUGACUCAAUGCUGUGCCCAGCAGGCGUGGGAGAAGUCACUCGCUAACUUCUGUAACGAGGAAUUCAGCAUUAAGACCCGUCACUAUCACUGCUGUAAACAGAAUGGGCAAGAGAGAUGGGACUGCUUUAAGGAGGAGGCUCCAGACCCAUUAUACCAGCCCAUUGUCCUUGGCGAUGAGGUGCCAAUCACACUUCCCUCCACAAUCCAAGAUUUUGACUUUAACCCAAGUAUCUGCAAGAUGACAAGUGUUUCAGAGCCCAUUUCCCACACAAAGCCAGUGAAUAAACCCCCAACUCCCCAAAUCAGUUUACAAGGUCUUCCUGCAUUUAAACCUUUCUCCACAAGGCCAUCUAUUUCUUUCCCACUUGCCUUUCCAAAUAUCUCCAACAUCUUUGACAUCUGUCAACACAGAAGCCAGCGCCCCCAGCAUUCUAAGGAAACACUACCCAGCAGGGGCUUUGACUACCUGCAUCGUCAAGCCAAUGCUGUGAAUCAGCUGGAGUCAUGGUACACUGUGUGUUGUGCUAAUGGACCCCAAGUGGAUGAGCAGACCCUGUGCUGUGCUCAGCAGGCUUGGGAGAAAUCGCUCUCUGAUUUCUGUGAAGAGGAAUUCAGGAUUAAAACCAGUCACUAUCACUGUUGCAGAAGGUAUGGGACACAAAGAUGGGACUGUUUUAAGAAAGAGGCUUUAUAUAUGUCAUACCACCCGGUCAAGAGUUCAGGUCAAGAGAUAGUGACCAUGUACCCCGUCACACCUCAGGGCUUUGUCUUCAACCCUAGUAGCUGCCAGAAUACCAGCAUUUCCGAGAAGCCGGUUACAAUGCUCCCCAUCAGUUUUCCUCCUGGUCGCCCAAAUUCUGGCAACUUUAGACCAAUUUGUGUCUUUCGCAAGUAUCGGCCCCACUACAGUACUGACUGUUUGCCUCAUAAAGGAUAUGAAAGGUUUUCCUAUCGUUUAAAGACUAUCAAUGGCCUUGAAAAAAGCUUUCGGCAGUGCUGUAAAGAGAAAAAUGAUGGACAACGCUGCGCUGAGGAAAAGUGGAAGAAGAUGGUGGAUAAGUUCUGUAACUAUGAAAAGAAGUUCCAAGAAAAUCAGUUUGAAUGCUGUAAAAAGCAGAAAGGACAAGAGCAAUAUGACUGUUUCAGUGCUACUGCUCCAAAUCCAGACUACAUGAUCUUGAAUGAACCGAUACAAAUUGGUCCCUUUCUCUCAGAGUUUUGUGAUGUGUACACAGAUAUUCAAAAAAUGAACCUUUUUCCUGUUGAUGAAUUAACUAAAAAGUGCUGCAGCCCAGUUUUGACUGAAGAGGCGACUGAAUGUCUACAGAUGCAGCUGGAUGACAUUGUGGAUGCUGCAUGUAGAACAGACGACCUGUCAUUAACAAAAGUAAGGCAAAACUGUUGUAAGAAGACUGGCCAGAGACGCUCCAAAUGCCUCACCAAUAUGAUCUUGCAAAAAAUCUCUAAAGCAAAAAAUAUGCGCAGCAAUCACAGGAUAUGCCCAGCCUAUACAUAAAGCCCUGUUCUGUAUGAUUUAAACGUGUCGUUUUUGUGCGUUACCUUUCGAGUUAAGCAACACUAUUAAUCAAUACCAUUUAACCUGUUUAAUAGUUUUUUUUUCUCCUGGUCUUUUAUUGGGUAAUUUCAUUCUUAUACAGUACAUAGUUGUAGCUGCAUGGACAAAUUUACUUUUACUUACAAACCAAAAAAUACAAAAACAAAUAAAAAUAUAUUACUUUA